UCAAACUAAUUUACCACACCGACUGUGUCGCGCUCCUGCAGGGCAUCAUCCUCUCGUUCGGGACGCGCUUAACCUGGAUUAUCUCCCGGUGGUUUGACACAGCGGCCGUUGGCUCUAAUCGACUCCCGUAUCAUGCGAGUUUUUACUUGAUCGGAUCAGAAAACCGUCUUUGUUGUAAUUGGUUCUUUUUAUUUUUUUUUCCGGUGGAGGAAGAUUGUUUUACUUAAAGGCUCGGCUUCAAUGCCAGAUUCAGCAAAGAUGAGCAAAAACGGAAUGGUGACAAAAAUCCACACGAGGAUAAGAGCUGACCCCUUCACAGCCAAUUACGACCUGGUCGGCAAAGAACUGGGCAGGGGAAAGUUUGCGGUGGUGAAGAAGUGCAUUGAGAAGGCAACAGGGAAGCAGUACGCUGCCAAGUUCCUGCGAAAGCGACGGAAGGGCGAGGACUGCCGCAUGGACAUCUUGAACGAGAUUGCUGUGCUGGAGUCAGCCAAGGCAAACCCCUAUGUGGUGGCACUGCAUGAGGUCUACGAAACCAACACUGAAAUCGUCCUCGUUCUCGAGUGCGCCGCCGGUGGUGAAAUCUUCGACCAAUGUGUUGCUGAUAACGACGAGGCCUUCACAGAGAAAGAUGUGAUCCGGCUGGCCAAGCAGAUCCUGACUGGAGUGGCCUUCCUGCAUCGAAACAAUGUGGUGCAUCUGGAUCUGAAACCCCAGAACAUCUUGCUGACCAGUGCCAGGCCUCUCGGCGACAUUCGCAUUGUGGACUUCGGCUUGUCGAGACGCAUGGACAAAAUCACAGAAGUCAGGGAGAUCCUGGGUACCCCAGAGUAUGUGGCACCAGAGAUCCUGAACUUUGAACCCAUUAGCACUUCUACAGACAUGUGGAGUAUCGGGGUCCUCACCUACGUCAUGCUGACGGGCGAGUCUCCCUUCCUAGGUGACGACAAGCAGGAGACAUUCCUCAACAUCUCCCAAGUGAACGUAGACUACUCGCAAGACACGUUUGAAGGAAUCUCCUCCCUGGCUGUUGACUUCAUCAAGUCAUUGUUAGUUAAAAAUCCCAGGAAGAGAGCCACAGCAGAAGAAUGCCUCAGCCACCCCUGGCUGAACCCGCACCCCCAUCCCCACUCUCACUCACACCUCCACCCCAGAUCGUCCUCCUCUUUGGAUGAGCCGGAGACGAGCCAGUCUGAGUCGGAGCCCGAGAGCCCGGCUUCCUCCCCUGAGCUGGACUUGAUAGAGUCAUACCUCACGUGCCCGGGCCAGGGUGGGCUGAAGGCGGGCCGUGACACCUUCUCCUUUAGCAAGCCCCCCUUCCCCACACGAACUGAAAUACAGCAGGAGCUGAUCUGCUGAAUGACGCUUCACAGGUGGAGAGAGACUUAAUGAAUUAAAACUCAAAGGAGCAGAUGCUGAAAGCCAGCGAGCCUGCAGCUUCUUGGUCUGGAUCUGACAUAGGGCCAUGCGAUAUGGAUGCUGUAUGCCUGCUGCUGGCUGCUUCUACUGCUGUGAUGUCUGUGAGCUGGGCUGUGUGUAGUUUUAUACCUCUGCGUGUGUGUGUGUGUGUGUGUGUGUGUGUGAAUAAUACAUGCCACUCCGUGCUGACUUAUGACUGCACGGUAGGACUGUGAGAAGAAUGAAGAUGCAGAAGAAAAGAGUGGGAGAAGACACACAAGGACUGUGUCACAGGACUGCACUGCUGCCUUAAAAGUGACAGAACUGAUCUGGACUCAGCUUAAUACUGUGGCUACGCACACUGGUUUCUCUUUGUUUUUUUUUACCCAGUUAGCCUUUUGAAGGAGGAGAGGCAGCCUCCUGCUUCCUUGGGAAAUUACUUCACUCACGGUGUGCUCUCAUGAAAACAAGUUAUGCUUCAGCAGGCCCGGACAUACCUUAUGUGAUGAGUUUUCUUGAAGGAAGCAAAGGGUUUGGACAUAAGGUUCUGCUUAACAAAGGAAUUAAAGCAAAGGACAGCACCUACGCUGAAGCCAAACGUUAACUGGUCCACUGUUGUAUGUUUAUUUAUGUGUGUUUGUUGUACCACUUCAGCCCCUUAAAUAUACAUCGAUGCCUGAGUUUGAGAUGGAAAUGGUAGCAUUCUUUUUUUUUUUUUUUUUUUUUUAAGGACAAUCUUGAGCACUUUUUAUUUUGUUAUUGGACUUCCGUGUAGUAGUAAAAAACCAAAGGCUCAUCAAGCACAGUCAGCUGUCACAAUGUACUGUACAUAUUAACCAUUCUCCACCAGUCACUGUUUAUGUCACAAGACUCUUUUUUCACAAAGUGCCACUUUUUAAAACCUCACUUCUGUGUUUAAGUUUUACUUGGUUCAUUUUUGUUGUGUUGGCUAUUGCACAAGUUGCACAGUUGUUUUUUUUUUUUUUUUUUGUUUUUGUUUUUGUUUAAUUACCUGUGAUGUUUCUAGAUUUCAUGCUCUUUAACUAUUGUGAAAACAUCAGUCAUGGACAGAGGGAAUGGCAGGGGUUGAAAGCAACAGUUCAGGUUUGUUAGUAAAAUUGUAAUAGAUGAACAACAAUGACGUGGUCAACCGAAGAGCCCAGAGUUGUAUAAAUAUGUGAGAUUUGCCUUCAGAUGCUCGGGAGCAGAGAAAUAAGGAUUUCUCAAAAGUACUGAAAUGUAUAUUGUGAGUUAGUAUUAAAAUUAAUCUGUAAUGAUAAUUUUUUUGUUUUGUUUGUUUUGUUUGUUUUUUACCAGUGUAUGAAUGUAACCAUCAUUAUAUCAUGUCUUAUUUUGUACGUUAACUUUUACUUAUUCUUGUUGUUUUCUGCUCAUGAAUUUCAGGCAGGUUUGCACUUGUCCUUGGGGACAUUAUAUUAAAAUGAAUAAAUGUUGAUGGCAUGCAUUGCAAAAUGUAACAAAGAAAAAAAAAUACAUGUGCAUUUUGUAUCAAACUCCUCUGUCUCUGU